GAAAUUCAUUUAGUCUAUUUUUUUUUUCUCUCGAGAAACAUCUAGGUCUUGUGGCUGAGAGGGAGGGAAAUAAUUCUCCUCGCUUGGCACCUGAAAAUUCGCAGGAAAUCAAGGGUUAGGGUUUCGCUUCUGCUCCUCUUCGGCGAGUGGAUGAGUCUAGUCUUCAGGUAUAGUCUAUCUUUUGGUGUUUAAUUGCUGAGAUCUUUGUAGAAAGUUGGUGAUUUUGACGUGUUUGAGGAUUUAUCGGGGGAUUUUAGCCGGAAGUGUUCAAUUUUUGAAGAAAUCUAGGGUUUAAUCUGGCGAGUUUUGUAAAUUUCGGCAAAGAUUGCUUUGAAGUUCUGAGCUGAUCUCAGAAUUUAUCAAAUCUGGGGUUUUCUGGAAGAAAUAUGGGUAAUUUUGGCCGAAAGGCGUGAUCCUGACAAUUUGGUAUUGUCUUUAAGUGAACUAUAAAACUGACGGCUCUCAUUGAGGAGGUGUUCAAGUUAUCAAGGGAAUUUUGUUUGGGUGAUAAUAAAUCUGUCAUUGUGGAGUUUUCUAUGGAUGUUUGAGAAAUGGCACUAAAACUUCCACCGCAAGAUGCUGCUGAGGUUGCAAUAAAUUCAAUUGGGUUGGGUUAUGACAUUGCUUCGGAUAUACGGCUCAAGUUCUGCAAAAGUGAGUCACCGGAUCCUUGUUUGAUUGAGCUCGACAGUGAUCAGGCUCAGGACAUUGUUCUUCCUGGUGGUAUAACUGUCCCAAAUGUCCCGAAAUCAAUAAAAUGUGAUAAAGGAGAGAGGACGAGGUUUAGGUCUGAUGUUCUCUCGUUUCAGCAGAUGUCAGAGCAAUUCAACCAGGAACUCUCAUUGUCUGGUAAAAUACCAUCUGGCCUAUUCAAUUAUAUGUUUGAGUUUUCUAAUUGUUGGCAGAAAGACGCAGCAAACACCAAGUCUCUUGCAUUUGAUGGUUGGUUUAUUACUAUGUAUACUGUUGCUCUAGCAAAAUCACAAAUUGUUCUUCGGGAUCAUGUUAAACAUGCAGUUCCAUCAUCAUGGGAUCCUGCUGCCUUAGCAAGGUUCAUUGAAAAAUUUGGCACCCAUGUUAUCGUUGGGGUGAAGAUGGGAGGGAAGGAUGUCAUAUAUGUAAAGCAGCAGCACUCCUCAAAUCUACAACCUGCUGAAGUUCAGAAAAGAAUGAAAGACAUGGCAGACAGAAGGUUUCUAGAUGUGAAUGGACAAUAUGGCAUGAAUUCUGAAGAGGCAUUGGGGAAGGAUAAGUUUGAUUUCAAAGAGCAAAGACUAAGGUUUGCAGACUCUAGUCCCUCGAGCUCUUACUCAACAAAGGAGGAUAUUGUGAGAAUCUUCAAAAGAAGAGGGGGGAAUGAUAACAAAGACCUGACACAUCAUGAGUGGUUGAACACUGUUCAGUAUGUACCUGAUGUUAUCUCUAUGUCUUUCGUGCCUAUUACUUCUCUUUUGCAAGGAGUUCCAGGAAGUGGUUUCUUGAGCCAUGCCAUCAACCUUUACCUUCGCUAUAAGCCCCCAUUAGAAGAGCUUCAUCAGUUUCUAGAGUUUCAGUUACCAAGACAGUGGGCCCCUGUCUUUGGUGACCUCCCUCUUGGACCUCAGCGUAAACAGCAAAGCACCGCAUCUCUCCAGUUUGCUUUUAUGGGGCCUAAGCUUUAUGUCAAUACUAGCGUGGUUGAUGUAGGCAAGAGGCCUGUCACCGGCCUUCGUCUCUACCUAGAAGGGAAAAGAAGCAACAGACUGGCGAUCCACCUCCAGCAUCUCUCUUCCCUUCCUCGAAUCUUUGAACUUCAUGAUGAUCCAAGCAGCAGUUACUCUCGUGAAUCCCAUGACCGCAAAUACUAUGAGCCCAUCCAAUGGAGGCACUUCUCCCACGUCUGCACAGCUCCUAUUGAGGCUGAUGAGGACAACUCCAUUGUUACCGGGGCCCAGCUCCAUGUUGGCCACUACGGUCUCAAGAAAGUCCUCUUCCUUCGCCUUCACUUCUCCACUGUCUCCAACGUCGCAAUGGUGAGAAAUCCUGAGUGGGAUGGAUCUCCGGGGCUCACUCACAAGUCUGGCCUCAUAUCGACGCUUAUUAGCACACAUUUUACAGCGGCCAUUCAGAAGCCACCUCCUCGUCCUGCGGAAGUGUACAUAAACUCAGCAGUGUAUCCUGGGGGUCCACCAGUGCCCGUGCAGACACCGAAGCUCUUAAAAUUUAUUGAUACUACCGAAAUGGUGAGAGGCCCUCAGGAUCCUCCUGGCUAUUGGGUGGUCUCGGGGGCAAAGCUUCAGCUGGAAAGGGGUAAGAUCUCGCUACGGGUUAAGUAUUCUCUCCUCACUGUGAUGCUACCUGAGGAUGAUGACUCGUAGAAAAUGAAGAAUGAAUGAAUGAGCGAAUGAAGUGUAAGUUAGAGGUCUAUUCAUGUUUGUACAAUUGGUAGUUCUUGUGGAGAUUAGGAUAGGUUUUCUUCAGGAAAUUUUAAUUAUGUCACUGAUGUGAUGUUAACGUUUGCCAUCUUGUUCUAUUUUCGUGCAUUGUUAACUUCCCAUGUACAAGAUUGCGAUGCUCAAUAUUUUUUUUGCAAUAUUAAAAAAAAAGUUAGUUCGGAAGCUUCAA